GGACUAUUCUUCACCGAAAUCGGACUUAAACCAAACAUCAAUGUUUUGCUUCAUCUCCAGCUUUUUCCCCAACCAUCCCCGCAUGGGGAAGCGGUUCCGAUGUAACGGUACUGCUAACCCAAAAUCGCAUAAAGGAUAUCCACUUACCCCAAUUGUUUCCAAAUACUAAACAAGUACGCAUCUAAGUAGAAGCACUACAACAGGCACAAUGUCUAAGAAUUCUAUGGAGUAAAAGGUCUAGAAGUCCAUGGUCAGGUUAGCAUUCCCCAUCAUUUAGCUGCAUCGUCCUUGUCGCCUCUACAAACAUGUUGGGAUGACUUCUACGUGCCUAGUAGUACCUAGUAUGAGGACUCUCAUUGAGGAGAUAGCCAUCUACCUAGUCCAGCCAUGUUCACCCCGGCCCGCACUAUUUCUGUCCUUGGCCGUGAGAAGGGCCGAAUGCCAGUUCGGCUUUCAACGAUGAGAGCCGAUUUAUUCAAUGUGAGUCUACACGUCCUCAUAGGAUAUAUAAGCCAGUUCGUGCGUUCUGUUUAUACAGCUAUCCUGAUGUUGCUAAUCCAUCACCAUGUUGUUCACAGUCUCCCUUGGCUGGGCGUUAAGCCCCCUGUUUCUCGCAGUCCAGGCGCAGCAGGAACCCGUCACCAGUGAUACUUACUUCUAUGGCGCAUCUGAGCCUGUCUAUCCCACCCCCGAGAUCCUCGAGGAAGGACCUUGGGCAGAUGCAGUCAAUAAGGCCAGGGAGUUGGUUAGUCAGUUGACAAUAGAAGAAAAGGUGAACCUCACGGCUGGUGCUACCUCUCAAACCGGAUGUUCUGGCUUCAUACCCAACAUCACCAGGGUCAACUUUCCUGGGAUGUGCUUGGCUGAUGCAGGCAACGGUGUACGGGGGACCGACUAUGUCAGUGCAUGGCCGGCCGGGCUACACGUCGGUGCUAGCUGGAAUAAGGACUUGACUCGUCAAAGAGCCCACUUCAUGGGUAGCGAGGCCAGGGUCAAAGGAGUCAACAUUCUUCUUGGGCCGAUGGCUGGUCCUUUAGGUCGUGUAGUCAUGGGAGGUCGCAAUUGGGAAGGGUUUUCCAUCGACCCGUACCUAACUGGGGUACUGAUCCAGGAAACAGUGGAAGCUAUACAAAAUACUGGCGUCAUUACUACUACCAAGCAUUUCAUCACACAAGAGCAGGAAACGCAUCGACUUCCAACGACUAUCGACCCUAUUGUUGAGAGUGUGUCCUCGAACGUCGACGAUAAGACCAUGCACGAGCUCUACCUAUGGCCAUUCUAUAACGCUGUGAAGGCAGGUACGGGAGCGGUCAUGUGCUCGUACAAUCGUGUCAACAAUUCCUACGGCUGCCAGAAUAGCAAAACCCAAAACGGGCUUUUGAAGGGCGAAUUAGGAUUCCAAGGCUUUGUCGUCUCGGACUGGGGAGCGCAAAUGUCUGGAGUCGCCAGUGCGUUGGCGGGUCUCGAUGUCGCGAUGCCGAACGGUGCCGGGAAAUGGGCCGGUAAUCUAACCCUCGCCGUCCAAAACGGCUCCGUUUCUGUAUCUCGACUCGACGACAUGGCAACAAGGGUUAUCGCUUCCUGGUACCAGAUGAACCAGGACCAUGAGGGAUUUCCAUCGCCAGGUUACGGUAUGCCAGCGAAUCUUACUGAUCCGCACGAUGUAGUAGAUGCACGCAACGCGAGCUCCAGACCGACACUGUUCAACGGAGCAGUUGAAGGCCACGUACUAGUGAAGAACACCAACAGCGCCCUGCCCCUUGACUCCAGUCAAAUGAAACUAAUUUCGCUAUUUGGGUACUCUGCCAAAGCACCUGACCACAACACGCCAGAGGGACCAGAUAGCACCUACCAAUUCGGCCCUUGGACCAUGGGUUUGCAGGCCGCGAACGCAACUGAGGUGAACAUCGGGUGGAUGGGCAACCUCAGCAUCUCAUACUCUUCUAUUGCACCGAACGGCACGCUGGUGUCGGGGGGUGGGUCAGGGGCUACUGCACAGAGUCUCAUCAGCGCCCCCUUCGACGCCCUCGUCUCCCAGUGCCAGGAAGAUGGAACUGCAUUGUUCUGGGACUUUGAAUCUGGAAAUCCAGCCGUAAACCCCACAUCAGAUGCGUGCAUUGUAAUUGGCAAUGCUUGGGCUACGGAAGGCUAUGACAGACCCAGCCUACGUGAUGAGUUCACGGACGGGCUGAUCGAGAGCGUUGCGAGUCAAUGCGCUAAUACUAUUGUCGUCUUCCACAACGCUGGCGUCCGGCUUGUGGACAACUUCAUUGACCACCCCAACGUCACGGCCGUCAUCUUCGCACACCUACCAGGUCAGGAGAGUGGGAAAGCACUUAUAUCGCUAUUGUACGGAAAGACUAACCCAUCUGGUCGUCUCCCUUAUACCGUCGCACGCAAAGAAUCCGACUACGGCCGAGUCACCAAUCCAGACCUAACAGUCCUAGGGUCGGGGGUUCCUUACGAGUUGUUCCCUCAGUCCGACUUUUCCGAAGGCGUAUUUGUUGACUAUCGCCAUUUUGAUGCCCAUAACAUUACCCCUCGUUUUGAGUUCGGCUUUGGUCUAAGCUACACAACAUUUGACUAUUCGGACCUGUCAGUCUCGAAGGUAUCGGAUGCGUUACAACCGUACCCUACGGGGCGCGUGGUCGAGGGGGGACAGGAGGAUCUUUGGGAAGUUCUAUUCACUGUAGAAGCAAGUGUUACAAACGCGGGAGAUGUUGAGGGUAAGGAAGUUGCUCAGCUCUAUAUUGGUGUCCCGGGGGGGAGCAGUCCAUCUAAGCAACUCCGGGGUUUUGAAAAGCCCUGUAUUGGAGUGGGGGGGAAUGCAGAGGUGAGCUUUCCGCUCACCAGAAGAGACUUGAGUGUCUGGGACUCUGAGGCCCAGAAGUGGCUCUUGCAAGAAGGCGAAUAUAAUGUGUUCGUCGGGAGGAGCUCUAGGGAUUUGCCCCUGACGGGUAAUUUCAAGAUAUGAUGUCUACCAUCUCUUAACAUAUGACAUUAGACUAGCCAUUCUGUAACUAUAUACUCCAUUGCAUACAGGCUGCUUAAUAUCCCCCUAAAGUAUCA